CAGCAGCAGCAGUGACAGUGAUGACAGGGGAGGAGGAGGUGUCAGCAGCUGGCUGGCCCCCUGGAGUCCCGGGGAGCGGCGGGUGCUGGGCACUUCUGCCAUCUUCACCCUGCAGGCGGUUGAGAAGCUGGCCCUGGCGGAGGGCUCCCGCCUGGUCCUGGCGGCGCUGCAGUCCCCCGCGCAGCAGGGUGUGUACGGACUGGUGGCUAACCUGGGUAGCCUGGUGGUGCGAACGCUGUUCCAACCGCUGGAGGAGGCGGCCUUUGCGGCGUUUUCGACAUGGGGAGGCGGCGGCGGCGGGGGGGGUGCGGGAGGCGGCACGGAGGAUGGCGUCACAGCCGCAACCGGAGCAGAAAUCGCAGGGGAAGGAACAGCAGCGGUAACGGAGGAGAAGAGGGAGAAGGAGAGGAGGCGGUUAGCGGCGCUGGCGGGUGCGUUAGGGCCCAUGGUGAAGGUGGUGAGUCUGCUGGGCUUGGCGGCGGCGGCUUUCGGUCCGUCGUACGCCUACGUGGCGUUGCGGGGGGUGUACGGCACCCGUUGGAGUGAGAGCGAGGCGCCGGGGGUGCUGGCGGCGUACAGUGUGUAUGUGCUGCUGCUGGCGCUGAAUGGUAUCGGAGAGGCAUUCGUACAUGCCGUACUCGACGCCCGGGGGCUGCAGCAGUCCAACAUGCUGCUGCUGGUGUUCAGUGGGGCGCACCUGGCGGCAUGUGUCGUACUUGUACAACAGUACGGCGCAUUGGGACUAGUGGCGGCGGAUUCGGUCAACAUGCUGCUGCGGAUCGCUUACUCCGCUUGGUGUAUUCGCCGCUUCUUCCGGCCGCUUCCCAGCUUCUCCUUGCAACGAGAUCUCCUGCCGGCACCGCCCACACUCGCCGCGUUUGCUGCGGCCGCUGCGGUUGCUGCUGCAUCUAACCGCUUGAUCAUGAGACUGCCGUGGGCUGCAAGCGACCCAUGGGUCAUGCCGCAGCGUGUUUUCCUGCAGCGCGCGGCUGCGCAUGUGGGGGUGGGGGUGUUGUUGUUGGGGGCUUUGGCGGGCCUUAUGGCGCGAACGGAAAGGAGCACGCUACGGUUGGCAUUGGAGCUGCGUAGGAAAGGGCGGGGGAAGGGGGAUGGUGGUAAGGGAGGUGCGGUGGCUGGCAGCGAGCGUGUGAAAGAAGAUUGAGAGGCGCGAGCGAGUGAGCGGAUGAAGGGAGCAGGGGGCGUGCGAGGCAUGCGGUCACUUGGCAAAACGCAAAGGGGAGGAUGGGGUAAACGGUUUGGCAAUCCAGUUUUUUGCUGUGCGGGUGUCGUUAAGGGUGGCUUCGACGGUGUUGUCCACAUGGCACUGUCUUCCAGUUGCCGGUAUGGAAUCUGCCGCUGCGGUUCUAGGGUCUGGGUGUAUGGGAAGAAGACGGUACCGCGUGGAUACCAAGAGCCUCCCUGCUCGCUCAAUCGACAAUGCAGUGGACACACAGCAAUGCACCAUGCCCGCACCUGUAACCAUAUUGGAAGCAC